GAGAGUGUGCGUGUCUGUGUGCGCGCGUGGAUUGCACCACCGCAUCCCGCUCACCGUUUCUGCAGGCGGCCAUGCUCUGAUGGAGAGAAUAAACCUGACGAGCUCUUCAUUCUUUCCUCAAAUUGAUCCGCCUGCUCUGUCAUUCCAGAUGUGACCGACACAAGUCGUUUUAUGUCGCCCGCAUUGAGUCCUGAGCCGUUCACCUCGGAGAGACUGUGACACCAUGGCUUUGGUUAUGGAACCUAUAAGUAAAUGGACCCCAAAGCAAGUGUUGGACUGGAUGAAAGGUCUGGACGACUGUCUCCAGCAGUACGUGAAGAGCUUUGAGCGGGAGCAGAUGGGGGGCGAGCAGCUGCUGCACAUCACCCAUCAGGAGCUGGAGGAGCUGGGUGUCACCAGGAUAGGACACCAGGAGCUCAUCCUGGAAGCCGUGGACCUCCUCUGUGCUCUGAACUACGGCCUCGAGACAGAGAACCUCCGAACUUUGUCCCACAAGCUGAACGCUUCUGCGAAGAACCUGCAGAACUUCAUCCUGGGCCGGCGGAGGGGCGGUCACUAUGACGGGCGAGCCUCCCGGAGGCUACCCAACGAUUUCCUCACCUCGGUGGUGGAUCUGAUUGGUGCAGCUAAGAAUCUGCUGGCCUGGCUCGACAGGUCUCCAUUUGCCAGUGUGACGGAGUAUUCAUUACUGAAGAACAACAUUGUGCAGCUCUGCUUAGAAUUAACCACCAUUGUACAACAGGAUUGCACUGUGUAUGAGACGGAGAACAAGAUUCUUCAUGUGUGUAAGACCUUGGCGGGGAUAUGCGACCACAUCAUCUCCCUGUCCUCAGACUCUCUGGUGUCUCAGUCCGCCCAUCUGGAGGUGGUCCACCUAACCAGCAUCAUGCCCAGUGAAGGCCUGGGGAUGUAUAUCAAAUCCACAUACGACGGCCUCCACGUUAUCACCGGAACAACAGAGAAUUCUCCAGCGGACCAGUGUAAGAAAAUCCAUGCGGGGGACGAAGUGAUCCAAGUCAACCAUCAGACAGUGGUGGGCUGGCAGCUGAAGAACCUGGUGAACGCUCUGAGGGAGGACCCCUGCGGAGUCAUCCUCACGCUGAAGAAAAGGCCCCAGAACACCCUGAGCUCCACGCCGGCUCUGCUCAGGAACGUCCGCUGGAAACCGCUGGGCCUGCAGCCGGUGCCCACCAGCCCCACCAGCACCUCCCCGACACCCGGCGGCACCUUGGGCAUGUCCAAAAUGGACGCUCCCAACAUGCAGGACGUCUACAUCCUGUCCCCCGUCUCCGGACUCUACAGCACCAGGGAGGAGAUGGGUCUCAUGUCCUGUGACGACAUUAGCCGCUACAGCGUCAGCUCCCAGUCCGGCUCCAAGGGCUCGGAGGCGGUCAGCUACUACCUGGACCAGGACAGCGGGCAGUACUUCUCCCUGCUGGAGGGGGACGGACCCCCGGGGCCCGACUACGACAGGGGACGCAACACGGGCGUCCGCCGGCGGGACAAGACCCCCACACAUGGUGACCUCAGACCCGUUUCCAUGCCUCCCGAAUAUAACUGGAUGGCCGAGGCCAAGGAACCCAGCAUGGGCAAGAGAGGGAGCCGAGAUUCGGACAACUCCCUGCUGCGUUACCUCAGCGACGAUAAGAUCCUGGUGAUCGAGGAGGAGCCCGAGGGUCCGGGGAGGGAAAGCCGGCGGGAUUCCACCAGACGCUCUCGGCGCAAGAGCCGCAAUCCCAGCAGCCCCAGCUUUCCCAUCAGCCCCUCCAUGUUGUCCUCCACUCUGCGCCUAGACCAGCCGCCGGACGCCUUGCCUCGAGGUGCAGACACACUGCGAGCAGACACAACAGACAGAUACUCGGGCUCAGGAAGCUCAGGAGCGGCCUCCAUGAGGAAGGUACAGUCUUUCCAUUACACCUCUCUAAGAACGAAAACCAAAAAGAGAAGUAAAGGUUCCCUCACCAGCGCCAGUCGGAGGAGAAUCUCCUGUAAGGACCUGGGCCACGGGGACUGCGAGGGCUGGCUGUGGAAGAAGAAAGACGCUAAAGGCUACUUCACCCAAAAAUGGAGAAAGUACUGGUUCAUCCUCAAGGAGUCUUGUCUCUACUGGUACACCAACCAAAACGACGAGAAGGCUGAGGGCUUCAUCAGCCUCCCCGAGUUCAGAAUAGACCGAGCCAUCGAGUGCAGACGGAAAUUCGCCUUCAAAGCCUGUCAUCCCAAAAUCAAGAGCUUCUUCUUCGCCACAGAUUGUCUUGAGGAAAUGAACAGGUGGAUGAACCGGCUGGGGCUGGCUGCUAUCGGCUACACUCCCGACGACAAGGUGCCUCGCCCGGAUGAAGAUUACUGGAGUGAGAGCGAUCAAGACGAGGUUGACGGCUCAAUGACACUCAAGCAGGAGGGUCCAUCGUCCCUCUGUGACACCUACCAUCGUACCCCAUCAGCUAACUUCCUCCACAGUUACGACCAGUUGCCCCGCUCAGUCAGCUCCAUGAGCCUCAUGCGCUCCACUCCGUCCCCGCUCCCCCCACCGAUGAGUGCCUCCACCUCCCCCAUUCCUCCACAGAUGGUCUCUUCCACCUCCCCUCUCCCUCCCCAGGUCAACUCCUCCAGCCCCUUCCCGGAGCCCAAGCACGGCCGCCACUUCUCCAGCGAGUCCACGCACUCGCACUCCUCGGCCGAGGACCAGCGCGGCGACGGGAUGGGGAUGGGCACGGGCACGGGCAGCACCAGCACCCACUCCUCGGGGUGCCGCUCCUCCCACCGGGAGCGCCGCUCCUGGCAGGACCUCAUCGAGACGCCGCUGACCAGCGCCGGGCUGCACUUCCUGCAGACCGCCCCGGGCGACGGCGAGUACGGCGGGCUGAUGGGAGGCAUGGCGGGCGAGAUGGGCUUCUACGGCGGGCUGGGCAGGCAGGGCAUGUCCCCGGAGAGGCGCCGGCAGGCCACGCUGCCCGUACGGAGACACCACGCCGCCGAGAGGGACCGGGACCGGGACGGGCCCUUCCCCCUGGAGCGGGGCCCGCACACACACAGCCACACACACCGGCGGUCCCACAAGCAGCGGAGCCAGAGCCUGCCCAGGAACAGGGACCCCCUGCCCAAGCUGCUGCACUCCUCCGUCCACAUGGAGGAGAGGAGCGAGGACGAGGAGGCCGAGGGCCAGGCUGCAGACCUGCUGGAGGGGGAGGAGGACAUCCGGGAGCUGAGAGUGGAGAGCAGAGAGCGGCGGGUGUCGGAGGGCAGGGAGCGGCGGGUGUCGGACGGCCGUGAGCCCGAGCCGCUGGACGGGCUGGAGCAGCUGUACCGGGCGCUGGAGCAGGCCAACGUGACGGCGCUGGGCGAGCCGCGGCCCUGCGGCAGACAGGAGCUGCGGCGCUGCUUCACCCAGAGAGCCAGAGACCCCCUGCUCAACGACCGGCUGCACAGGGUGCGAGCCCUGCGCAGCACCCUGAAGGCCAAAGAGUCGGAGCUGGCGGUGAUCUGCGCCCUCCUGGAGGACCCGGGCCUGUGCUCGCAGACCUUCCGGGAGUGGAAGCAGUGGCACGGCGAGCUCUACUCGGACAUCUGCCAGCUCAGCCCCGGCACCAACGGACAGGACGAGCUCUCCCCGCUGGCGGCGCCGCUCAUGACCCACACACACUCCUUCAUCGAGACGCACGUGUGAGCCGGGCACGGGACGACAAAGACUGAACUCACACAGACACACACACACACACACACGCACACACACACACAUAGUUUCACCUCCUUAUCACCACUCUGAGCACGCAUUCACACAGACACAAACACACACACACACACACACACACAUUGUAAGAUGUGUAAAUAUCAUAGAGGGAACAGUCUGAGACCUGCGUGUAUGAACUUUUGAUAAUCCCGAGGACCCCACAGGGUGCCUAUUGCAUGCCUGAACAGAAAGCAUUAACCUUCCUUUGUCUAUGGAACUCAGCAUAAACUCCACAUGCUUGUCGAGCAAAACGGGGGGAAAAAAAGGAGACUUUUUAACACGCCAGUUCCUUUGUAUUCUCUUGGUUUUGCUCUUUUCUGUUGAUUUUAAGGGGGCGAGGGGGGAGCUAUGUAGCAGCAAUACAGAGGAGAAUCCUUUUCACCACAGCACUGUACUUUUGUACCGAUGAACUUUGCACCCAGAGCCACCAGUUCUCCCCCUUUCUCUCCCUGUAUUUAUUUUCCUUCUUUUCUCAUUGCACAUCUCCUUGAUUUACAGGGACCUCACUGUUAUUUCAGGUUGAUCUCAAGGGAACAGCGUAGGAGGGGAGGCAUGAGUGACUUCUCGGUGAGAGCGUGAGAGGUAGCCAUGGACGCUGGUUAAUCUGUUUCUGGCCGUUUUCUCUGGGAACCCAUGAAAACAAGCGUCAUCGAGAACCCAUCACGCCCGGCCCGGUGCACACUGUUUCAAGCUGUGAAGUGUUGCGAAGUCCCUGCAGGAAGAGGAACCUCCCACAGAGUGCACGUCUACAGUUGGCUUUUGGCAUUUCUCUCCAUCUCCUCCUCCGUCUUCUUCCUUAAUUUUUUUAUUCCUCGUCCCCCCCCCCCCUUCUCUCUCCAGUCCUCAAAGACUUGUGUAUAUGUGUAUACUGCUGUGUAUACUGAUGUAAAUGUUUGCGUUCCACUACCACUGUGAUAUGCUUCUAGAGGUAGCGGAGGGAAGACCGAGAGUAUGUAUUUGUGUGGGUGCAAAACAAUUUUUCUUUUUCCUUUUCCUUUGUUUCUUCCUUUCUUUAAACAGUGAAUGCAAGAGCUAGAGAGUUCUUUUCAAAAAGGAGUCACUCACUACAAAGAAUGCACUUUCUAUAUCUCUAUAUCUCAUCGGCUGCAUCACAGGGUCUAUGUCUCAUCGGCCUCUUUACCAUCGCUGUUCAAAUAUCAGGUAAAAGCAUUUGCCGUCUCAUUUUCUAAAGAUUUGUGUACAGUCUACAAAUAUAUUUAAACAUAGAAGAAUAUAUAAAUCUAUUUACGUUUUGUGUCAUAGAUAUAAUGUAAAGUAUGAUGUAUUCUAUGCCAAGGUUUUGCAGUGUCCCCCCCCCUCUCUCACUCUGUCGACGCAGGGUGUUUAGCAGUUGAACAACUCGGAGGAAAACGAUAAAACAACCAUCACCGUCACUGACAGCUGACUGACAGUUAUUUUUUACUGGUUUACAUCUCGGCUGACCUUUCUCCUGGUGAUGUGUUGCAUGUGAGACAAGGCCUGGGACUGAUUUUGAACGGACAGGGUAAAAUACUGUGGAUCAUUUGUGUUCCUUCCUUUCUUAUUUUGAUCCUCGUCUUCACGUUUGCAAGACAAUUACACUUGUAGCGCAUGAUACAUGCAAAAGUACUGUUGAGGAAUGACUUUUGAUUUCUAUGCUCAUAGGUUUACUGUCUUCUUUUGCUCAUUUGAUGGUGUUCGAAGACACACACUGUACAACAAAUUGGGGGGAGGCCUUUUCUUUUCCCCCCCCGCCACUCAGUUCCUGCGAUGUGAUGCAGAUCCUCCUUUUUAGCAUCCAAACUGGAGGAUUGGAUCUGAUGUUUUUUGGUUUAUGCAUAGACCGACCGACGCGAGGCGUUCAGAAACCGGACCUGAGAGACACCAGUUAUAGCUACUUCUCAAACAUAAGCUAUUUUCACAUUCCCUCCGAGCAUAUGGCUGACACUGGGCAGCCGUAGACCUCCCCGUCAGAUGGACUGUCACGUCUGUGAAACUCAGAUGAAUCAUUUCAUCUGCAAUAUCAGGCCAAGGACUCAACGGUGCCCCCCAGUGUUCGAGACCCUGAGAGACAUGCGUAGCACCUGCUGCAUCCAGCACUACCUGUAUUCAGUCUUCACGUUUCACUGUCGUUCUCGUGCGGGUUCAAGUUUUUUCCUCCAUGGCGUCACGGUCACAACAAAAGUCUCCAACGUUACCCAGAGAUCUCGCUCAUGUUUUUACAACGCUUCAUCUCCAGAGUACCACAAAGAAACUAAAUGAUGCAAGCACUUUCCCUGUGCCUCCCAACCCUCUCUUUGGCAACGAAGGACUGACUUCAACCUACACACACACACAUACACAUGCACACACACAAACACACACACACAGUCGCACUCACAGCUGUAGAAAAGUUCUAAUACAGUUUCAGUCUGCAGACCUCUCUCCGUUCCUCAUCCGUAGUGUUGGUCUUCUUUCUCCGACCGCUGCUCCACAGAGCAGGCAACAUACUGUAGAUUAAGGAGUUACUGAGAGUUUUAAUUUGUAGGCACUGACUGUGUUAUCCCUCCCAGAUCUUUGUGUGUGUAGACCUGCAGAAACAGGCCGAAAAGGGAGAUUCCACUGUGUGUUCUUUCAGGGGUGUACACCUCAUGGUACAUUGCACAGGUGUGUAAGAUGUAAGUUGCACUGCGACAUUAAAAAAAGGAACAUAUUGCUCUUUUUCAAGGAUAAUAUUAGCUUACUGUUAUUCUGUACAUUAAACUGACGAAAGAUGAUAUUAAAAAAGAAAGAAAAUGACAUUUAUUCUUCCUAAAGUAGCCUUUUUUUGGUUUCAUAUAUAUGAAUAUAUAUUACAAAAAAUACAGAUUGUAAACCUAAGUUGUUAAACUUUGACUUCAAUAAACUGAAUCCUCUGCA